CUGGUAUUCAUCUGGUAAAUGGUUGAAUUUUGAAUAAAAAUAUUUUUUCCAAGCCUCUUUUGGUUUGGUUAUAUUAAUUCACAAAAUGUAUCUCGUUUAUUUACUGCUAUGAAUAUUCCCCAAAAUGUCUAAAAUUGUGAAUAGUGAAGGUGUUAAACCUGGUUGUAUAUACAGGAUUGCACUCGAGAACUUCGUUACCUACAAGCAAGUGGAGCUGUAUCCAUCCACAUCCUUGAAUUUAAUAAUUGGACCAAAUGGCACUGGAAAGUCGACUUUUGUUUGUGCAAUUAUUUUGGGACUCUGUGGCAAAACGAGUGUUAUUGGUAGAGCGAAGAAGAUAUCUGAUUAUGUUCGGAGCGGUUGCCAGUCAGCCACCAUAGAGAUUGAAUUGUACCAACAGCCUGGAGAGAGGAAUGUUAUCAUCACAAGGACUUUUAACCUUAAGGAUGCUUCAACGUGGUCCAUUGAUCAUAAGGCAGUUCGGGAAAAGCAAGUCCUAGAGUUAAUAGCAUCUAUGAAUAUACAAGUCGACAACCUUUGCCAACUGCUACCUCAAGAUCGGGUGCAAGACUUCUCUAAGAUGGAUCCUCAGCAACUAUUGCGUAGCACUUUGUCCGCUGUGGGAGGGCAAGAAAGUGUAUCGCAACUCGAACAGUUGAUCGAGUGCAGGAACCAACAAAGGGGAUUAUCAACGAAACUGCAAAACAACGCUCAGACGUUACAAGAGCAGAUACGAUUGAACGAGAGGCUAAAAGUAUUGAUAGACGCAAUGCAGCAAAGGAAACAGAUUGAGCAACAGAUCGAGAUCUGUGAAAAGAAGAAGCUCUGGCUAGAGUACCAAGAUCUGAAGGACAAAGUUACGGAGUAUAUUAAUGACAAGAAGGACGCAGUAAGAAUCGUCAAUACUCACAAAAGUAAAGUGGAACCUCUAGAGAAAGUUAUCGAUGGUGCCAAGAAGGGAAUAGGGAAAUUGGAGCAGCAGAAAUUGAGCUCUACUAGAGAAAUUCACACACUUAAAGAUCGUGCUAAGGAAAUCACGAGAUCUGUGACCGAACACGAAUACAAAAUAAAGGAGAUAGAAUCUUCGUAUCAAGAGAAAUUGGAUAGAUAUAGGAACAGGGAACGAGAGCUGACUGAAGCUAAAGCCAAGUUAGAGAAAUUGAUCACGGAUCGGACUAAACUCGUGGAGAAAGUUGGUGAUGAGAACCAAGUGAAGAUGGAAUUAGCCGAACUACAUAAACCCAUAAUGAGAACUAACGCCGCUUUAGAUAAUCUCAAGAAACAAAAACUCGAAGUGCAAUAUGACCUCGAAAACAAUAUCACGCCGCAAAUAAGACUAUACGAAAAUAAAAUCCGUCAGCUCCAAGAUAUAGACGUGAAAAGGUUAGAAGUUCUCCGUUCAUACAGCGAAGAUACAUAUAAAGCGGUGAUGUGGCUCAGAGAAAACCGGGAAAUGUUCGAGGAACCCGUUUACGAACCGAUGAUGCUUGAGAUAAACUUCACGGACCCAAAAUUCGCUCGGUACUUAGAGUCCACAAUACCCAAUCGCGAUCUGAUCGCGUUCACUUUCGAAUCGAGUCGCGACAUGAACAUGUUCAUGCAAAAAGUCCGAGUUGAAGGCGGGUUGAAGCGGGUCAACGCCAUCUGUAGUCAGGGCGGAAGACUUAAUGUGCAGAGAAACGAUAUACAGCAGCUAAGCUACCUCGGUUUUUACGCGUAUCUAAUCGACACUAUAUCGGCGCCGGACGCCAUACUGCGCUACAUGUGCAAGCAGUACAACGUGCACCGCAUCCCUAUAGGCAACGACCACACCUACAACAACAGUGGGAAAGUGCCCGCCAAUAUCACCUACUUCUUCACCGAGAACCAUCGUUUCACGGUCCGCGUGUCCGCGUACAGCGGCGCUAAGUCUAGCUCCAUCAUAGAGAUCCGGCCGGCGCGAAUCAUGGCUAACACUGUGGAUAUAGAUCAACUGGAAAACUAUAAUCAGCAGUUAGCGAAGUUCGAGCAAACUGCGCAAUCGCAUCGCGCCAAAAUACAAGAUUUCGACACUAAGUUGGCCACUCUGGAGGUCAACCUGAACGAAUUCAAUAUGAGGAGGAAGAAAAUCAACGAUGGCGUAGAAAGGGUUCGCACAAUAUGUGCCCAGAUACGAGUGCAAACUAAGAAAGUUCAAGACAUUGAGAACGAGCCCAGCUUCAAUAUAGAACAAGAAAAGAACAGAAGCAGAAGGAAACAGAAGGAUUGCGUGAUGAAGCAAUGCAAGCUGCACCAAGAGCUUAAUGAAGUUGUCAGAAGUAUACAAGGCAAGAUAUUGAAUGGGGAUAUGUUUAAGGUAAAACUGGAGUUCAGUCGUAAAGCGAUAGUGCAGCAAGAAUCUGAACUUCGCGAGCUUAAAAGCGAACUUCACAGCGCACAAUCCACAUUAGAAAAUAUAGAAAACCAUUUAACAAGGGCUAAAUCUACUGCAAAACAGAAGCUUCUUGAAGCAAAGCGGUCUUGUGACGAUAAGUUGCCGCAAGAUCCGGGAUUUCCUUAUAGAGAAGAUUUUCAGGUGUUGCCGUCUGAUAUAAAUGCUUUGCAAGAGCAUUGCUAUGAACUACAGACGAGAAUCGAUUGUAUGGACAAAGGAGAUGAACAGGUCAUCAAAGAAUACGAAGAAAGGGAGAAGACGAUAGCUCAACUUAAGAAAGAGGUCUCCAGUUCCAGUGAUUCGAAUAAGCAAUUGGAUAACAAAAUGAAAGCACUGAGUUCGAAAUGGCUGCCGCCAUUAGAGAGGUUACUGAGAGACAUCGACAAGAGUUUCGGCGAUAUGUUCGCCAAGCUAGGAUGUGCCGGAGAAAUUAAAUUGGAUAGGGGUGGAAGCGACGAAGACUACGAUAAAUACGGUGUAUCGAUAUUGGUCCGUUUCCGCGCGUCGGAGCAGCUGCAGCAGUUGACUCGGCACGCACAAUCGGGCGGCGAGAGAGCUUUGUCCACAGCGCUCUACUUGAUGGCCUUACAGAGACUCACCACUGUGCCUUUCCGAUGCGUGGACGAGAUCAACCAAGGCAUGGAUCCCGUAAACGAGAGGAAGAUGUUCCAGCUUCUGGUUAGAGUUACAACUGAAUGUGACAACGCGCAAUAUUUCUUGCUCACUCCUAAGCUACUAACCAACUUGGAGUACAACGACAAAAUCAUGGUACACACCAUAAUGAACGGUAGAAACAUCAUGAACUACAGGAAAUGGAAACACCAUAAAUUCGUUGAGAGAGCUCAUGCGUAUAGAACUAGCUAGUGCUAGUACUGAAUAAAUAAAUGGACAAAGUUUUCCAUUGAAUUUUGAUUUAUUUUUAACAUACACUUAACGUCAAGCACGUACCAAUAUCGAACUCCAAUAGUUGAAUUCGAUGAUACGCGUCAAAUGUCAAGAAGCUUUAUAUAUUGAAAUUUGAACAGCGCCACAACGGACGGAACAAGAAUUAAAAAGGCUUCCAUACACAACACCUUGACAUUAGACGCGCAUCGAUAUUGAAUUUAACUAUUCGAAUUCGAUAUUGGCUCGUGUUUAGGAUACAGUUUCAAUAAUGAAAUUCCAGUAAGAGGUAGACCUACAGGAGCUUCGUUGCCUAGAUAUUUUUAUUACUAGCAGGGCCGGAUUUAGGAUUGUGGAGGCCCCGGGCCACUUAGGAUUUGCAUGCUUGUUGACCCAUCGAAAUUUUGUUAUUUCUUAAGCUGUUGUGGAGGCCCCUGGGCCACAGCCCCAUCUGCCCUGCCUUUAAUUCGGCCCUGAGAUUAAUAUAAUCAAAUAAUCAUGUAUGUUAGAUGUACAAAGUACUGUAGGCUGUAGGUAAAGGUAAAAGAGCAAAAAAAAUAUCAAAGGAAAAGAUGUUUACUAGUGUUUACUAGUUGGAAUUUGAAAGAUUUUUUUCCGAAGUCUAUUGUGGGGCCCCCCGUUUGUGGAGGCCCCGGGGCUUUCGCCCCGGUUGCCCUCCCCUAAAUCCGGCAGUGAUUACUAGCAUCCGCCCGCGCCUUCGUCCGCGUUAAUUUUUGUUUAAUGAGAAUCCCUCAGGAACCUAUCAUUGUUCCAGGAUGUCUCAAUCCAGGUUAUUAACUAAAACCUGUAUUAUAGAACGCGGCUCACCCAGCAUUUAAACUUGAAUCACGCAAAGCUGGUUUUUAACUGUAAAUCACUACUAAAUUGCUCAGCAUAUUACAGGUCGCGUUUUAAGAGCAAAUCAGCUGAAACUAGAAUCAAAAAUCAUUUUCAACCCCGAUCCAAUUUUGGGAGGUGAUAGAUGGUUUUUUUCAAUAUAAAGUCGGGUCUGCUGCGCGAAUUUUUAACAAAAAUCUAAACAAAUUAUCGAAACAGCUAGUCCACAGCGCCUGUUUUUUUGAUAACUGUUAGGUCACGCCCAAUGGCCACUGUUUUUCAAGUGAGUUUGUUUCAAAAAUGAGCUCCGAUCCAAAAACACUUCCAUUUAAGUAUUUACUUUUCGGUAUGGUAACUAAAAAUUAUUGAAUGCUGAAAAAAUUGUUACAUAAAAAAUUGCACUCAGAGCGUAGGUUUUUAACGCAGUCCAGUGGCACAAAAUUUUCUGUGCCCGUUUCUGUUCUGCCAAUAGCAGAUUUAGAGUUAUUGCUAUUGAAUUGGUACAUUAAUAACCUUAUGUUUAUUUUUAUGAUCUACCUAUGUUACAUGCCAGAACACCGGACUCUCUAAUUAGUACUAUAAAAACAAAAUGUUAUAUAUAUUCCACUCCAUUACAAAAUAAACCAAAGAUAAUAAUAUUAUUUUCAAAUAAUACGUGGUUUUCUAAUGAGCACUAACAAAAAAUACAUAACUUCCCAUUCCCACCGGCGAACGCGGGGAAUGUAAUUGUAUUAUUCUAAAUAAUGUAAUGGAAGGUGACUUCAAAAUUAUCUCUGAAGUCAUUUUUCAACUUGACGACUCUAUAUAAUAAAUAAUACAGGGAGAAUAAAACAGCCCUUGCUGACUUUCUCACCGGCUCUUCUCAGUACAAGGUCUCCCGCCGUAGUUUUGCGAACGAAAUGGCGUAGCUUCUCGACUUUCACAGGUGCUCUUAACAGCCUAAAAGGAAUAAAUGAUUUUUGAUUUUGAUAGGUUGUAUUUUUGCUUACAAAACUGUUAGGCCACGCCCCUAAUCGGUUAGCAAGCAUGAAAACACGGCGCAGGAGACCCGGCUUUUGAUGUACAUUAAGCUAUGUGUACUUAUUGUAGACGACUAGUUUUUAACUUUUUACGUUAAUGUGUAUGGUAUAUGAAUAACGCCAUAAUUAUAUAAGUCGCGGCACGAAAUAGGGAUGAUGACUAAUUUUUUUUCUUCGUUUAUCAGGUAGAUUAUCAAAAAGUAUUAGACACGUAUUUUUUCUUUUUUCACAUAAUAUAAACAUUACAGAGAUAUAUUGAUUUGAAAAGUCGCAUGACGUCACGUUUGAGUACACUUAUAAGUGAAAAUUCACUCAAAAGUGACGUCACGAGCCCCUACUCCCAAACUUUGACGCGCUAUAACUUUGUCAUUUUUUGGUUGAUUGCCAGAAGAAAAAAAUACGUGUCCAUUAUUUUUUGAUCAUCUAACUGACGGACUAAAUAGAAUUUCGUUUACUGUACCCCGUCAUCACCCCUAUUCUAGCGCUGACCGUUAUUGCGCAGAAGUAAAAAUUAAGAGCCCUUUUACAAAAUUGCGCCGCUGCCGUACUGAUCGGCGCGUAGGUAGAUUUGCACUAGUAUAUAUUGCAUUUUUUGGGUGAUGUUUCAAGUCGUAUAAAAUAAUUAUUAAUGAACUAAUUAUAAAAAUAUAUACAUAUUUCAGUAGUUCAAUGAUGGUAGAUAAGUUUUAUGAAAGUUUUUGAUAGUAAUUCUAUUUAAUUCAAAAUACGAGGUAAACCUGCAUUAUUUUUUGGGAAAACUCACGAAGGUUAGAUGUUUUUUUUGAUAAUUAAUGAGAUAGAAAAUCAAAAUUCUAAUACAUUAUGUUACAACAAAAACAUAUUUCUGAUGUCGUAGUAAUUAAUUUGAUCUAAUUUAUUGAACAUUAUAGAGAGAUUGACACGUUGAAAUUGUGCAUAUUAUCGUUUUUUCCUUCUAUUGGGAAUAGUCAAAACCUUUUCUAAGGGGGCAAACGAGGCGCUCAAAAAUUACAAUUUUUUGCAAAAAAUGUGAAAGGGCUCUUAAGUGCGCUGCGCCGAUUGUCUCUCCAGUCGUACUUUUGCGCAGCUAUCCCCUCCGCGUUUUGUUCAGCGCUAGAGCUACGUGCCGCGAACUGUAGUAGAAGACCCAGUAUUGUAUUAUUUUUAUAUACUGUAAUGUAAGUUUAUGCCAGUUUUGCUUUUACGAACUAGCUAUUUUAAUUGAAUACACAUUCCUAUUGUUUAAAUAUUGUUUUUAAAUUAUUCUGAAAAGAAAACGAUUUUCUUUUUGUCGUCAUCAGUUACCAUGUGUUGUAAUGUAAGCUCUCUUUUGUCUGGUAAUAUUGUUUGUUUAUUUAGUAUUUAUUUACUCUUUGUUUUACAACGAAUGGCGGACUUAACGCCACACGGCAUUUCUCUACCAGUCCACCAUCGGGCUAGUUUGUUUGUUGGCAUUUUUGUUACAACGCAACAUGCAUUAAUGAGAUUUCUAAUUUUAUGAUUGUUACAAGUUUUUAAACUAGGCUUCAAAAAACAAUGUUUACUUUGAAAGGACAUUGCUCGUUCCCCAUACAUUGAAUGCCCCAGAAUGCACAGCAAUGAGAAAAUGCUAGUUGUGUUCGGAAUCAUUCAUAAACUCUCAUUAGGCAUUUGUACUACAAAAUGUAUUUAGAUGUCAAAUAACUGUUUUUUUGUUUUAUUAGAUUUUGUGGUUAUAAUUAUUAUACUUAAUCGUUAAUGAUGUACACUUUAUAUUUUCUGCACAUGUAAGCACUUAAAUAAAAUUAAUUAAAUAAACAUAAAAUGCUAUUCAUAUAAGAGUGUUGGCAGUUGGCACCUAUGAUACCUAUACCUACCUGUUUAAUAAUACAUUUAUUCCCAAAUUAAAUGUUCAAAGGCUUUCCGUUUACCUGUUUCUAUAUUUUAUUAUUGGUAAUAAGGUAUGUACCUGGUUUAUGAUUUUCAUAAAAAUAAACAGAUAACACAUGAGAUGGGAGUAUAAACGUAUCUUUACAUAAUUUCAGAAAUUAUCUAUCUAUA